UCGAUGUCAAGGAAUCGCCAUCACUAUAGCGUGGGCUGGAGUGCCGCUACGGGAACUGAAGCAACAGUUACAUGGUAUGGACACCAUUUGACUUCCAUAGCUCGGGCUUUACGUGUGAAGAUCUCCAAGAGACAUGGCAUGGAUAUAAGACUUGAUGUUAUGCCGAAAGAUAGACAUGAACGAUGACAGCCCUUCAACUCCCCUGGUCACAGACAAGUCCAACAGCUACAAAUACAUGGAAGAGAACUCGAGGUCCAGUACGACGAGUCCCCCGAGACCGGAAACAGAGAAGAAAGAGAGGAAUCUGGGAACGAGGCUUGAGUUGAGGAAGAAGCUGAUCCAGAGACGAAGAUGGCUCGUGGAUAUCAAAUUUGUGAUGGCUAUAUCAGGGAUCCUGUUCAUGGUGAUUGAAAAUGAACUGUACUACUCCAAUAUGUACGAGAAAGGUACUGCUGUGUCUAUAGUGCUAAAGUCUCUGACUUCCAUCUCUACACUGGUACUGUUGGUGGCCAUAUGCAUGUAUUACCAUACGGGGAUGGAGAUCAGGAUGGUGGAUGGUGGCGUGGAUGACCCCCUCGUCGUCACGCCGGUAUAUACGUGGGUCAUGUUGGUAGCUGAACUUCUUGUAUGCGCCGUUCACCCAUUUCCAGGAGAUAUAAAAGUCGGCAUGGACUCUUUACACGGUAUAAAAACGUCUUCCAGUAUUGACGGCAUUCUGUCCGUGUUAAUGAUGUUCCGGCUUUAUAUUGUCGGGAAGUUUAUGGUGGUGCAUAGUCGGCUUCUAACAGAUCCUUCUACACAGAGUAUUGGAGCUGUGAGUACGGUUAGAAUAAACCCAUUCUUUGUGUUUAAGUGCGCCAUGAACAACCACCCAGGGUUGGUAAUAACCUUUAUAAUGUUAACCAUGUACACAGUGAGUGUCUGGGGAAUGAGGACAUGUGAACUGUACUAUACCCAGACAACCCAGGUCGCAAGCUUUACAGAAUCUAUGUGGCUGUCCGCCAUAACUUUCCUGACAGUUGGGUACGGAGAUCUUACACCAAGCACCCACUGUGGACGUUUCAUCGCUGUGGUGACCGGUCUAAUGGGAUUAGGCUCCACCGCAUUGUUAGUGGCUGUCAUUGCGCGGCGUUUGGAGCAAAGCCGAUCGGAACGUUAUGUUUACAAUUUCUUAACAAGGAUACACCUCGAGAAUAAACGUAAGAACGCUGCAGCCGACGUUGUGAAGUUGAUCAUAAGAAUCUGGAUAAGAAGGCGGCAUUUCAACACGGCUAUAUCAACUUAUACUCUACUUAAUUGGAAAUUACGCAACGCUGUGCGCACGAUGAGACUGGCUCGCGCGUCACUGGCCGAGAUAGACGGCACUUCAAUCAGUUUGAUUGAGAUCAGUCAAGUGAUGACGCGGGUCAACGGCGUCGUGGACGCCAUGUUGGUAUCACAAAACCAAGUGUGUCGACGACUGCGACUAAUAGAAAGCCAACUUGCGAAGAUGCAAACCGCAAUGGGAGUAGAAGGUCACGACAAGCCUACAAAGGAACUAAGACGUUCGAAAACUCAGGACUAGCACACACUAUAUACUGCUAGAAUCUUUUGUUUAGAUAUCCUAGGUACAGGUAGUGAUUCCCACUAUGCACGUGUGUAAAGAUUGUUUGAGGAGUUCGAGAUUGAGGAGUUCGAGAUCGAGGGAGUCUAUUGUAUAUACCCGUUUGUCGACAUGAUUUGGUGGAAAGGAUGUAUUUAUCAUUCAGUACGCACUGGUCACAGUUUCCGUUGAUUGUUUAUUUGGACCAGGACUGAAGUUCAUUUGAACGUCGUCCGCCCUCUCUUACGGCAUGAUUUUGACAUUGUUGUAAAACAAUAUUUUUCAAAGGAUGAGCCGAACAACGAAGACAUUACGUUAGCAAUUCGAAAAAUUACUUUUACAAACAUAAUUACAUUUUUUAUUUGUUUGAUAAUGUUUUAUGUGACGUACGUUGCUGCACAAUAACAACAACCUAGUGAUUCUACUUAUACAAAACUAAAUACAGUUGACAUCGAGGCGAAAGACUUGCAUUGUCAAUUUCGCAGGGGGGCCUUAAAGUUUCGUUUUUAUUUUGAAACUGUGCCCAUAAUUUUCCCUAAUUGAAUCAUUGCUCUCCUGUAACAAACCCUGAUGUUGCGGAUCUUAACCCCCUGGUGAUGUUCAUGUAAGGUUAUUGUUCAUGUCAUAAGUUAUAAACAAGUUAAAGUUCA